AUGAAUAACGUUUCUGUAAGUUUUUUGACUAUUUUACACUCUUCAACUUUUUGCCACCUACUUCUUCUUCUGGCAUUGGCUUUAGCUUUCUUUAUCAUUAAACGAACGCAAGACGACGCUGGACUUCCUCCAGGUCCUUUCUCCUGGCCAGUCAUUGGAAAUAUUCAUCUGCUUGGUAGCAAACCUCACGAAAGUCUCACAAAGCUGGCCAAAACCUUGGGAGAUGUUUAUAGAUUGCAAUUAGGAUCUCGUCGUGUCGUUGUCUUGAACUCUUUGGAAAGCGUCAAGGAAAGCUUGGUAAAGAAAUCUUGUGACUUUUCAAGUCGUCCACCAUUGCUCACCUUACAAGUAUCUGACAUGGAUGGUCGUAGCAUAUCGUUUGCACCUGAUAAUCCAACACGCACAAAAAUACGAAGAUUGGCUACUAUAGCUCUACAUAGUUAUAUGUUAGAUCAUGAACAGUUAGCUGCAGUUAUGAAUAGCUGCGUGAAGCGACUCGGUGAACGUUUAACAAACCGUGGCGAAGAUUUCGAUCCAGCAAUUGACGUUUCUGUAAGCGUAGGGGAGCUCAAUCUGGUAUUGAUAUUUGGAGACAAUGUAGAUGAGAAUCAGGCAUUGGAAUUGUCCUCCUUGAUGGAAUCUUCAAAUGAUUUCAUUAAAAACAACAGUAUCAACAAUGUUGUCAAUUUAUUCCCAUGGUUGGCAACAUUCUUCAGAAGUUCCAUCAAACCAAUGAACAUUCUUGUCCGGAAUCUUUUUAACUUUGUUGAAACACUUUACGUUGAUAACAAAAAGCAAUACAGAAAAGAUGGCAACGUCAUUUCCAUAGCUCACGCCUUUAUUCGAACGUACGAUGCAACAAGUAACGAAAGAGUUGUAGCGAUUGGCGAAGAGCUCAACAUGAAUGAAGAAGUUGUUAUUGCUGCACUUACUGAUUUGUUUGGGGCAAGUGUUGGAACGACCAGUACAACAAUAACAUGGGCACUUCUUUAUCUUGCGUCAAAUCUCGACGUUCAAGAGCGCUUGUUUCAAGAGAUAAAUGAAGUUGUUGGUGUGAGCUACCUGAAAGUGAAAGAUAAACAUCGUUUGCCGUUCUUGGAAGCAACUGUCUUGGAGGUUUUGCGACUGAGCACAGUUCUUCCACUCGCUAUACCACAUUAUGCAAAUAAUGAAACAAGAGUUGGAAAGUACAGAGUUCCAAAAGACACAAUGGUUUUUGUCAACUUGUGGGCAAUUAAUCAUGAUGAGAGAGUUUUCAACAAUCCUUAUCAAUUUGAUCCCUGUCAUUUUCUUGAUGAAAAUGGUCAAGUUAACAAAGCUCGUUUCUCAUCAAUUCCAUUUUCGAGUGGCACACGUAAAUGUCUUGGUCAUUUACUGGCUCAACUUCAGUUGUUCUUACUUAUUGGUGGUCUUGUUCAAAAAUAUAAAUUUGAGAUUUCUGGUUCUUCAAAUACGACACCUGAAUUUGGAUUUAUCUUACGUCCGCAAUCAUUUAAAAUCAAUGUUUGCCAAAGAACUUUCUUUAUCAUUAAACGAACGCAAGACGACGCUGGACUUCCUCCAGGUCCUUUCUCCUGGCCAGUCAUUGGAAAUAUUCAUCUGCUUGGUAGCAAACCUCACGAAAGUCUCACAAAGCUGGCCAAAACCUUCGGAGAUGUUUAUAGAUUGCAAUUAGGAUCUCGUCGUGUCGUUGUCUUCAACUCUUUGGAAAGCGUCAAGGAAAGCUUGGUAAAGAAAUCUAGUGACUUUUCAAGUCGUCCACCAUUAAGCAGUUUACAAGCAUGUGAAGGAAGUCUAACGUUUGGACCUUAUGAUUCGAUGUAUGUGAAAAAACGUAGGUUAGCCCAUCUUUGCAUGCACAGCUUUAUGUCAGAUCACGAACGAUUGGACGCUCAGAUUAACUAUGGCCUGCAAAAUCUUUGCAACAGAUUUGCAAACCACGAUGGUGAAUUUGACCCAAUAAAUGACAUUAAACAUGCAGUUGCAGAAAUGAAUUUCAACUACACUUUUGGAGAGGACAUAGACCCUAAGAAUAAAGAAAAACUUUGCCAAAUAUUGAAGGAGUUCAGUGAAUUCAAUGCAAGCUGCUUGCCCGAUUUUUUGCCAUGGUUAGCCCCGUUCUUCCAAAACUCGUUGAAAAGAAUCAAAGAAAUUGUUUCUCAUCUCUUAGACUUUGUCAAGCACAUUUAUUUUGAAAAGAAAGCGAACUUCAACAAAAAAGCUGAUAUUGGUUGUGUUGGUGAUGCAUUAGUGCGAUGUUUUGAGAGUGGUACAAAUGAAAGAUUGGCUGUCCUUGGUGAAGAACUUGAUCUGAAAGAAGAUGUUGCUACAUUAUUGACAGAUUUGUAUGGUGCGAGUGUUGAUACGACUAGCACCACUUUGAUUUGGGCAGUUCUAUAUCUGGCGUCAAAUCUCAACGUUCAAGAGCGCUUGUAUAAAGAGAUAAAUGAAGUUGUUGGAGUAAAUUCUUUGGAAACGAAUGAUAAACAUCGUCUGCCGUUCUUGGAAGCAGUUGUCUUGGAGGUUUUGCGACUGAGCACAGUUCUUCCACUCGCUGUACCACAUUAUACAAAUAAUGAAACAAGAGUUGGAAAGUACAGAGUUCCAAAAGACACAAUGGUUUUUGUCAACUUGUGGGCAAUUAAUCAUGAUGAGAGAGUUUUCAACAAUCCUUAUCAAUUUGAUCCCUGUCAUUUUCUUGAUGAAAAUGGUCAAGUUAACAAAGCUCGUUUCUCAUCAAUUCCAUUUUCGAGUGGCACACGUAAAUGUCUUGGUCAUUUACUGGCUCAACUUCAGAUGUUCUUACUUAUUGGUGGUCUUGUUCAAAAGUAUAAAUUUGAGAUUUCUGGUUCUUCAAAUACGACACCUGAAUUUGGAUUUAUCUUACGUCCACAAUCAUUUAAAAUCAAUGUUUGCCAAAGAAAAUAGAAAAUAGACAUUGACAUUGUAUUAACACACAAUGAAAUUUUAUUUUCUUCUUGAUUUGAACUCUGACAAUUUUAAUUACUAAUUAAAUUACAUUAGAUUAGUACUCAAUAAAUAAUCAUAGUAAAUGACGAAAAUUCAAUUAUUGAUGGGCAUUUUAGCACAUAUACAUAUCGUUGAAAUGAUAAAUAAAUUCAUUGAGAAAUUUA